AUGGAAGUCGAAGAUUUUGAAGUCCAUCACGAGAAGGAUAGCUUGGACUUUUACGUGCUACUGCUUGCCCCAUACUUACUAGGCAGCUACGAACCUUCAUCGCCGGCUCAGUUUCUGGUCAAGUUUGACUACCAAGUCAACCACAUAUACUACGAUAUUCAUUCAUCAGAUGAUAUUGGAACUCGUCGUGAAACCCUCGUCGACCAAUUUCAAGAAAAAAAUGAAAAAACAAUUGAAUUUGAGAAGCCUGUGUUGAGGAAGUGCGGCAAGUCGUACGAGUUUCUUUCUCAGGUGUUGUUGUCCUUUGGAAUUGCAAGUUCAGAUGAGAAUUAA